GUGAGUUGAGUACUCUAAUCGCACACUAUGCCCAAAUCCCAAAGGGAUGAUCAGUACGACCUCGACUGUGAGCGGCGAAAGUGAAACAACUUCUUUGUCACAUUCUGAUUGGAUAAGUCUAUUUAUCGUAUACUUCCGUUCCAUCCACGUGGUUGAGGAGGCGAGUCGGAGAUUACUGUUGUCAACUGCGGAAGGAAGCAAUUUUUAUUUAAAAAGCCGGUUUGGUGGUUGUACUUUAAUUGAUUUCAAGAAAUUUCAUCAGAGAUGACUUCUCGUAUUAUGGUUCCUUUUACCUUCUGGUCCCAAAAUCCUGCAUAUCUUCCAUGCCUUUCAGAACUUGAUAAAGAAGCCUCAAGCAAAUUUGAUUCUGUUGUAAUUGUGGCAUCAGAUGUUUCUAAAGUAACACUUCCUGAUUCAAGCUUCUUGAAAGGUUUCAUAGAUAACUUGAAAAUUCAUAAAGAGUUUGAUGCUGUAUUUGAAGAAGUUGAAAAUUUUAUUGUACCUCAUGUCCCUAAUUAUGAACAUAUAAAGAAGUUGGUUUAUAGUCCAACUGGCCCUUUAGACAGAAGUUACGAUGAUGUAAGGCGAUUUGCUGAUGCUGCCGUCAAAGGAAUCAAAAGAAUUUUAAAAGCAGGUGGAAAACGUCCAAUAUUGGCUGUGCUCAGUUCAAACCCAGAAUAUUUAAGUAAUCCAAAAUACAAGUACAGUGAUCUUGCAUCUAUUUUAGGUGCUGCUGAAGCUUUAUAUGUGCCUCUUGAAAUACGAGAAGAUGUUCCUGCAAAAGUUAGCAAAGUAGAUUUGAUUGGUUACAGCUCUUUAGGGAAAGAUACAGAAGUUAGCAAGUUACUUCAAUUUUCAGUGGGUUUGGAGCUGGGAAGAAUUGCAUGCCGUGACAUUGGUGGUUCAGAUCCUGAACGCAUGGCAGCACCAAAUGUUGCUACAUAUGUUAAAGAACUUUUUGCUGGUACAAGUAUACAGGUGGAAGUGAUUGAAAAUGAAGCAAAGCUUGCUAAGGAAUACCCACUUUUAGCAGCUGUUAAUCGUGCAGCAAGAGGUGUUGAGAGGCAUCGUGCUAGAGUAAUAUUUUUGACGUAUGAACCAGAAGGAUCUUAUGAUAAAACACUUGUGUUAGUUGGAAAGGGCAUUACAUAUGAUACUGGAGGUGCUGAUAUUAAAGCUAAUGGUGUAAUGGCAGGUAUGCAUAGAGAUAAAUGUGGCGCUGCUGCCGUUGCGGGAUUUUUCCAGACAUUAGCAGCACUGAAGCCAAAAAACAUAAAAGUUCUUGGUGCUAUGUCUAUGGUUCGAAAUAGUGUGGGUUCUGAAUGUUAUGUGUCUGAUGAACUGAUAACUGCACGAUCUGGAGUACGAGUUCGAGUUGGGAAUACAGAUGCCGAGGGGAGAAUGGUUAUGGCUGAUGUCCUGUGCCACAUGAAAGAAAAGGUUGUACAGGAAAAAAAUCCAUACUUAUUUACCAUAGCCACUUUAACUGGUCAUGCUUGCCUGACUGUUGGUGAUGGAUAUUCAAUUAUCAUGCCUAAUGGACCUGCAAAAGACGCUGAUGUUGGCCCUAGUAUCCAGAAGGCUGGAGAAGAAGUUGGAGACAUGUUCGAAGUUUCACCUCUUCGACGAGAGGAUUAUGAAUUUCACAAAGGAAAAUCUGAGUAUGAAGAUGUUCUACAAUGCAAUAAUAGUCCUUCUUCCCGUACAGCUCGUGGUCAUCAAGGUCCUGCUGCAUUUCUAAUCAUGACAUCUGGUUUAGAUAAACAUGAUGUAAAUUCUGAGAAGCCUCUGAAAUACUGCCACAUUGAUAUUGCUGCUUCAUCAGGACCCUUUCCUGGUAUUCCUUCUGGUGCUCCCAUUCCAGCUCUAGCUCAUCAUUUUCUGUCUGAAAUUUGAAAAAAAAAAAAAGUAUUUUUAACUUUUCAUUGACAGAAAGUAACAAGUCAAUAAAACUAUGAUAUAUGAAAAUGCUCUAAAUUUUUAAUGAGUAUUUUGUUAUUGCUCUGUACUUUAUAAGUAAUAAAAAUUUUAUGAGUGCA